AUGUAUUAUCGUCCACCAACCGUCGUUCCAUGUGUCACCCCAAUGGUCACUCCAGCAGUCGUCGCAACUCCAAUGGUCACUCCAAUCGUUGCUUCACCGGUUAUGGCAACUCCAGUCGUGUCUCCUGUCGUUGCCGCCCCGGUCGUUGCUGCUCCGUACGCUGCUCCAAUGGUUGCAGCUCCGUAUGCAGCUCCCAUGGCUGCUCCGUAUGCAGCUCCCAUGGCUUCUCCAUACGGUGGAAUUCGUUUCAUGUGA